UCUCAACAAAUAACUAUCAUGGAUUCCGUGCACGAUUACUCGCGCAAGAUUGAGGAUAUUAUCGAUCGUAUUGGCCAACCGAUCAAACCAUACAUUCCAGCGAUUGCACGUCUCCUCAUUGUCGUCACCUUUCUUGAGGAUGCCGUUCGUAUCUCAACUCAAUUCAGCGACCAGCUUUAUUAUCUUCAACGCUAUCGCGGUUUCCCUUGGGGUCUUAGUCAUCUUUUCCUGCUUGGUAAUGUCUUGACCAUGUUAUCUUGCUCCGCGAUGGUAAUCGCAAGGAAACAUACUGAAUACGCAGCAGCGGCUCUGUUCAGUGUCGUGAUUAUUCAGGCAUUAGGUUAUGGGUUGAUUUUCGACGCCGGCUUUUUCCUGCGUAACCUUUCUGUAAUCGGUGGUCUGUUGAUGGUUGUAUCAGAUGGUUUAAACAAACGUCGUCAACUCUUCGCUGGUCUGCCUUCGAUCACCGAGAACAAUAAGCGAACGUACUUCCAACUCGCUGGUCGAGUACUUCUUAUCUUUUUGUUUUUCGGCUUUGCCCUGCAUGGACAGUGGUCGGUUACUCGUGUUGUUGGAGCCAUCAUUGGUUUCGCAGCCUGCGUGAUGGUUGCCAUUGGCUUCAAGGCCAAGUGGUCGGCCAUGUUCCUGGUUCUUUUCUUAUCUGUGUUCAAUAUUGUGGUCAAUAAUUGGUGGUCUGUUGAGAAUGCUCAUUCACAAAAGGAUUUUCUCAAAUACGACUUUUUCCAGACCCUUUCAAUUAUGGGCGGUCUCUUGCUCCUUGUCAACAUUGGGCCUGGUGGCAUGAGCAUGGAUGAAAAGAAAAAGGAGUGGUAG